AUGCAAUCCCUACCCGACUGGCCCCCGGCCCCUGACGCCCUGCGGCCCUCGCCCUUCCCGCACCCGGUGCUGCACGCCCUGCACAGCCUGUCCCGCGUGCUGCUCUUCCCAACCUACUGGGCCCUGGACCAGCUGCUGGGCUGCUGCGCUCCCAGGGUGCGCCCCCCGAGGCUGGCGCGGCUGCGCACCGCGGCGGUUGGCUGCGUGGCUCUGGCGCUGCUGCUGCUGCUGGCGCUGGCACUGCCGCUGGCACUGCCAGGCCUGCUACUCUGGCUGCCACUGCAGGCCACACGCCGCCCCUUCUGCUACCAGCCCCCUCCGCGGUCCUGGGCGCCACCCCUGCCCUGGCGCCCUCCCGCCGAGCCCGAGCGCUGCUUCGUCUUCCUGACCGCCAACCUGUGUCUGCUCCCCGACGGGCUGGCGCGCUUCAGCAACUUGCCACACAGCCAGCGGCGCGCAGAGGCCAUCCGCGCUGCGCUCCUGGCCGGCCUGCAGUCCUCCGAGGACAGCCGCUGCAGGCAGCCGCAGCCAGGGGCGCCCUGCGGGGUGCUCCAGCCCGUGUUGCCCGCAGGUCUGGACUUCGUGUGCUUGCAGGAGGUGUUUGACGUACGCGCCGGGGGGCGCCUGGUGCACUGCCUGGCGCCCUGUCUCGGCCCUGUGCUGUGUGACGUGGGCACACUAGGCCUGCAGCGAGGCCCCCACCUCAAGUUGCUGGGCAGUGGGCUGCUGCUGGCCUCACGCUACCCACUGUUGCGUGCCUCCUUCCGCUGCUUCCCCAAAGCACGGCGGGAAGACUCCCUAGCCUCCAAGGGAUUGCUCUCGGCCCAGGCGCAACUGGGAGUACUGGACGGGCGCCGCGUUGUUGGCUUCCUGCACUGCACGCACCUGCAUGCGCCUACCCAGGACGGGCACCUGCGCUGUGAACAGCUGACGCUGCUGCUGGACUGGGCCGAGCAGUUCGAAGCCGAGAGCCGCCCCGACGAGGCUGUGGCCUUCAGUGUGCUGCUGGGCGACCUCAACUUCGACAACGUGUCCCAAGACCACGCACGGGAGCAGGAGCACCAGCUCUUCCGCUGCUUCCGGGACCCGUGCCGCCUGGGCACGCGCCAGGAGCAGCCCUGGGCCCUGGGGACCCUACUGAGCACCAGCACACUGCACCACUCAACGGUCAACUCCCCCGUGAGGCUGUGCAGGGCCCUGGAGCAGGAGAAAGGCCGGCUGCUCUACCUGGAGGGCCCUCCCAACGGAGGCGCCCGGCCCAGCCCCUGGCAAGGCCGGCGGCUGGACUACAUCACCUACCGGCCACAGCCCGAGGGCCCGCUGAGCCCAGAGGUGGAGCUGGUGAGCUUCAGCACUGCGCUGGCCGGCCUCACCGACCACCUGGCCGUCGGCCUGCAGCUGCGGGUGUCUGCGCCCGCGUGA